AUGACACAAUUUGGGGAGCUCCUUGUCAGGAUUACAACGGUAUGCACUGCUAGCAUCACCCUAAACGACGUGAACAUGCAAAAAGUAUUAUGGACGUCUUUGACUUUCAAUAGAUCCAUCUCCGUUGUAACAACGCUUUUUGUGCCAUACUGCAACUUCUCACAACCUUCACCAGAUGAAGUUGACCUGAGGACGUCGUUCCCGCUGUCACGAUUUGUCAAAGACCAGCAGUCCUUCUCAGUUGAUUUUGCAGUUGGCGGAGCAGAAAGCGACGGCGUGGUUUUACUAGAACGGAAUGAAGUGACGAUCUGCGAGUGGGAGGGAGUGAAAGUUCACCGCAAUAGAAGUACCAUUUGCAGUGAGUAA